AUGACUUCACCAUACUACCCAUAUCCACCGCCACUGCCGUUGCCCUUCGAGAGAUAUCUUUUUCCGCCGCCAUUUCUGUUUCCACCAUCUUUGCCUCCGCAAUAUUUCGGUGGUGCUUUUUUCGGGCCCACGCCAUUCCCACAUUUUCCAGCAGCAAAUUAUGGUAAGUUUGAUUUCGACUAUUUGCUGAUCAGCGAAAUUUUUAUUAAACAAACAAAACAAACAUUAGGUUUCGCUUGUCAAAAAGGCGGGUCAAAGCAAUUGGCAGUACAGAUCAAGGCAGUUGGAGGUGUCUGCUGUGCAGCUCUAGAAUCGGGCUUGAAACUGUAG